UGGAGCUGUGCAAUUCAAUAACUUGACAGUUGAAUUUGUUUUUUGAAAAAGUUUAACGUUUUCUGUUAAAGUUCUGUUCAAUUUUACCAUUUUAAAAUGCUUUUAAAGUAUUUUAAUUGAUACUAUAAAUAAGAAACCUAUCCAGUGAUUCAAAUAAAGCAAUUACAAAGGAUUUCAGCCGACUUCAAACUUAGGUAGUUUUCUUAAGUGGACGUGAUAUUUAAAAUUUGAAAGAUGUCGGUUCCUAACCAACAAAAUGGUAAAAAAAGUUCUAAUAGCUCCAUUGCAAAUACUCCUGCUAGUACACCAGUAACUUCAAAUGGUAAUGCUCAAGCUGUAAUACAUAAUUCUCCACCACCUAACAACAAUGCUCCUAAAUAUGGUACUCUGGUUCCAAACAGAAUAUUCGUUGGUGGAAUAUCUGCUAACACAACAGAAGGAGAACUACUUCAACUCUUCAGCACUUAUGGCACUGUAAAAGCUGCCAAGAUCAUACAAGACAGAGCCGGCGUAUCUAAAGGAUAUGGUUUCAUUACUUUUGAAAGUGAAGAUGACGCACAAAGGCCACUUAGAGAGGCCGAUAAUAUAGUGCUAAGGGAGCGUAAACUUAACAUAGCACCAGCUGUCAAAAAGCAACCUUUCAACUUUAAUCGAGCAUUUGAUGGAUCGAGCCCUACUACUGUAGCUGUAGGAAAUCCCCAAUAUUUCCUACCUCCAACGAUGCCUUAUUUCCAAGGUAGCGUAGGUUACUAUGCCCCUCCUAGCGCACCUGUUCCAGGAGAUCCAAAUGCUCAACAACCUGUUUACCAACCUCCUCCUGUUUAUCCAGCUCAAACUGGUCCACCUCAAGCAGCAACUUAUCCUUCAAUGAUGUUUCCUGCACAAACAAUCUAUAUGCCACAACAGUAUCCCAUGGCAAUGCCGUAUGACUAUGGAUACUAUACGAACAAUGGAGCUCCAACCCAAUAUAUGGUUGGGGCACAGGGAGGUCCAGGACCUCAGGGACCCCCGCUGCCUCCGUCCGGUAGUCCCCCACGUCCCCCCUGCUACAACCAGCAGGUCUCAUAUACCGCUGAACCAGUUUUCUAUAAUAUGCCCAUGUAUGGCGGACCCAUGGACCACCAACCAGUGUACACAGAACCCAUCGAAAGUAGUGGCAACUAUACCGAAGAACCCUACAUGGGUCAAUGCUUACCACAAGAUAUAGAUGCAAGGUACAACACUAGAAGUACACCUUGCGAUAGUACCACACCGGUGACCGAACAACAUCUUCCACAUAAUGCACCAUCUAAUAACGUUCCUUCUUCGUCUUCUGCGCGUUUCUCACCUUACACUGCAGUCAGCGAACCACAACAGCACCACCAUCUCCAUAAGCAACGAGAGAUCGCAAACGACACGGACACAACGCGACAGACGAACACGCCUGUCGUGUCGUUACUUUCCAUCGAUAAUAGCGUCGAGAAAGACCUGAACGCGAUGCAAGGAGGGCGUAAGAAGAAGCCUCUCGCUCCGUUAUCGUUGAAUGCGGCUCCUACGGUCUUCGCGCCAAUCGUAAAUGGCAUGCAACCGGUUGCAUUUUCUUCUUUGAACUACCCACCUCCCCCAAUCAAUUAUCAACCUCCUUUUUCCACCGCUUACCCUCCUUUUCUAACCAAUCCGCAGCAGCAGCCGUUCAACGGAGGUCCUGUUUCCCAAUACGAUUACGGUCAACAGGCGAAGCAUCACGUCAACAAAUACUCGCAGAUGAACGGCUAUUCCAAAAAACCCACGGCUAAGAAGAACUUCGUCGGUCGACAGAACGAGUUCUCAAACAGGUCCAGUCUGAGGACAGACUCUAGUUCGUCGGCUGCUAGCUGUGUGGAGGACAAUCGUAACAACAAUAACAACGACGAAAAACACCGCACUACCGGCUUAAACACACCUCCUCCCGCUCCCUAUUCGCCGUUAACCAAUCACGGGUACACGAUGAGAUUGAACGGUGUGGUUAGUCCGCCCAACGGUGGUCAGUUCGGUAACGCGCGACCUUCUAGGAAUUUUUACGGUAAUCACUCGCAGCAAGAUGGUAGAAAAACGUCCGGAAAACUUAGAACCAAUGGCAAUUAUACCGGUAGGAUCAGUAACGGCAGAGAAUCUUCGAUCGAGACCGCGGUCAAUGGCCCUUUCAGGGGUGAAAACAAUCUAGUGAACGCAAUUUAUGAUACGAAUGCACCGCAGGUUCACACUGGGAGUUCUUCUACAUUCGCUCCCUUGCCAACACGAAGGAACAGGAGGUCAAUCCGCAGAAACAACAUGGGAACUGGGACUGCAUUGAGCGAGAUUGGUGCUGGGGACGCCCCUCUACCCCAGAAUUCCGAUUCAGUUUCGGAAGCGUGUAAGAAAAUGGACAGUCUGAAAUUGUAAGGUAACAGAUAGGUAAUGGCCGUUUUGCAAAAGGCACUACUUAUUUGAAAAAAAAAUUCAAUUAUCUUCGAAUAAGACUGUAAAUUUUAUAAAUACUUUAAUACCUUAAUAUUACUUAAGGAAGGGAUAGUAAAUAUUUAUUGUAAAUUCAAAGUAUUAUUUUUUUUGUAUAUUUUAAAUUAUUCAACAGAAGAAUGUUGUUCACCAUAGAACAUCACCUUGUAUAUAAUAAUAAUGAUACAAAAACGAAAAAAAUUUGUAGUUGGUAUGCAAUAUUUAUUUAGAGUAUAAACGACAAUAUUAAUUGUAUAUGUAAUACAUGAGAUGCCAUAUUGGACUAGAAAUAAAAAUCGAAACAUGCUGAAAGUUUUAA